AUGAGUGGUAAGUUCAAUUUCAUCAAAAAAUUAUAGUUUAAAACCCCAUAUUUUUAUCAUAAAAAAUUUAUCGAUCGAUAAAUUUUUGUGCGUAGCUGCUGUGCUUGCAAUGAUAAGAAAUGUUUCGUUAUUUCUCCAAAUAAUCCUUUUUUUAUUUAUUGAGCAAUAAUUAUUUGUAUUUUUGCAGCAGCUGAAAUUGGUAGUCUGAUAGUUGCUCCAAAUCUCGAUCCGUUGAAAAUGAAUGGUGAAGAUCAACCACAACAUGCUCAGCCUCAACAACAAGACAAAUCGGAUUUGGAUUUAUCAAUGGCGACAACUGCAGCAACACAAUUUGAACCAGAUUUAGAUGCAAUUAAGAUGUUUGUUGGACAGGUUAGUGUUUUAUUUUUGAAAAAAAAAAGAAAAUUUGAGUACUUCUUACUUUUAUUCUACUUCUAUUUUAUUUUAACUAAAUUUAUUUACUGCCUUUUCUCAAAUUCGAUUUAUUCCACUUUCAUUAUCCUUCUCUCUUUUCCUUCGUUGCCAGGAAUUUGCAUUUAAAUUAGAUGUUUUUUCACUCAAAUUCACAAACAAAAGUGAUUAUAUUCACAACAAUCGUACAUGUUUCUUCUUAUUCGAAAAAAAUUGACAAAGGAAAAAUGGGUCAGAAAGACAGAAAGACAGUUCAGUUUUUUGUGUAUUUGUAUUUUGUUUCGUUUCGGUUUAGUGGAAAAGAGAGGAAAAUUGUGUGAUUGUAGUACAAUAAAAGAAAUUGAAAAGACAUUUUCGAAUUACAUUUUUUCCGUACAACAUUCCAAAGUGCAAAAAUCCGAAAAAAAAGUUUAAAAAAAAUUACAUUUUCUAAAUGAAAAACUAGUUCAUGAUAUUUUCAUUUCAAUAAUUUCGAAUUUGCCAGAUUCCUCGCCAUUGGAACGAACCAGAAUGUCGAAAAUUGUUCGAAGCUUUCGGCCCAGUUUAUUCGUGUAAUAUUCUUCGAGAAAAGCCAACGCAAAUCAGCAAAGGAUGUUGUUUCGUCACAUAUUUUCAUCGAAAAGACGCGAUUGAAGCACAAGGUGCACUUCAUAAUAUAAAAACAAUUGAUGGAAUGCAUCAUCCGAUUCAAAUGAAACCAGCUGACGCUGAAAAUCGCAAUGGUUGGUUAACAUUUUUUAAAUAAUGAAUUUUCAACUGAAAUUUCAAAAUUUUGCAGAAAGAAAACUGUUUAUUGGGCAGCUUUCGAAAAAACACGAUGAGGAAGAUUUGCGUCAAAUAUUUUCAAAAUUUGGUCAAAUCGAGGAUGCAAGUGUUCUUCGUGAUGCAGAUGGAAAAUCAAAAGGUAUUUAAUUGAAUUUCGUUGUUCAAAGGUUUUGGCUCCUUUUUCAUGUUGUCCUUGUUUCGGCGCAUGUCUUUUCUCAACAUAUUUUGAACGUGAUUUUUCUCUUAAAAACUGUGUUUAAGGUUGUGCAUUUGUGACGUUCAUCAAUCGAAGUUGCGCUAUGAUUGCCACCAAAGAAAUGCACCAUUCACAAACUAUGGAGGUAUUUAUUUCUUUUUAUUUACAAAUUUCAUUCAUUUAUGUUUCAAUGUUUCAUGUUUUUAUUCUUUGUAUAAUUUUAAGUAAAAGCUGGAUUAGAUCAUAUUGUUGGGAUAGUUUUAUUUUAAAGGCGGCUGGUUCGGAAAAAUCAUUUUCAAAUCUACCGCUUUUCAAUGAGAAAAUUUCGGAUCAAAAACCAAUUAUUGUGCAAGUGCCUUUAAAAAAUGCAGAUUAUGAGUAUUUAUUAAAAUUUUCAGAAAAAAGUGUUUAUUUUUCUGAAAGUUACAAGCUUUUUUGUCAAAAUUUUAGAAUUUGCUCAUAAUCUACAUUUCUGGACCAUUUUAUUGAAUUCUACAAAUCAUCAUCAUUGUUUCUAGGGUUGCGCUGCUCCACUUGUUGUCAAAUUCGCCGAUACACAAAAAGAUAAAGAUGUGAAGACAUCGAAAAAUGGAAGUAUUCAAAAUUCAUCUGGAUCACCUGGUCUAUUAGGAGCUCUGAAUCCCGGAUUGUUACAACAGGUUAGUUGAAUUCGCCAAUAUUUUUUAACAACACCAACAAUUAUUUGUUACUAAUACAGCUUGGUGGCGCGGCUGGCGGACAAAAUAUUCAAGCGGUCGCUUCUCUUUUAUCAUUAUUAGGAGCAGGAGGUCAACAAGGUGGAGCUGCGAUUAAUCAACAAGGAAAUGUUUUAGGAUUAUUAGGAAGUGGUUGGUUUUUAUUUUAUUUGUGUUAUUCUCUAGUUAAAUUUGAAAAACAUUCAAACAUGGAAUUGUAGUUUUAUCGGCUCUUGGAAAAUUGACUGAAAAUGAAGAAACUCCCUCAUCUUCUUGUGCAGUUUCAAAUUCGAAUAAAAAAGAAUGUUCUUCUUCUUCCACUUCACAAGGGGUUCCAACAUCAAAUUCAAACAGCAUAGGUUCGAUUGAAUGUUGUGAUUGAUUUCCUUUUGAUUGAAAAACUUAGCAUGGUGUGAUAUGGCUUUAGAUGAUUUUUCGGUUAUUCACAAAAAAAUUUUGAAAUUGGGGUGAAACUAUUUUUUUUCUACGAAAAACAGGUUUUUGAGUUUUUCUAACCUUUAGCAUGAGUUUUGUGUGAUUCAGGCCUGUGGAGGAAAAAUUCCGGACUCACGGAAAAUUCGGAAUCUCAGAAGUUUUGAGACCCGAAAUUCAGAUUUUCCGGCUUCCACCUUUUUCCGUCGCAGGCCUAGUGUGAUUUAUCAUAAAUUAUUAAAAUUUCAAUAAUUUUUUCCACAUUUAGCUCAUCAAUUUAUCCCCCAACAACCAACACAUUUGGAUGCUUUGAUGGCACAACAAAUUGCUCAACAAAAUCAGAUUCUUGCACUUCAAGGUUUUGCAGUUCAACAACAACAGCAACAACAGCAACAGCAGCAAAGUGUGCAACAUCAAGCUGGUAAUUUUUUCUUUCCAUUUUUUUUUUCGAAACCUUCACCAAAUGUGUUAUUUGUUGUGUUCUGCACGAAUUCUCCAUUUUUCAUAUCGCUUCUAACCCUUUUCAGCUUUUCCGCAUCGCUCAUAUUCAUCAAUUGGUGGUUCACCGGAUUCAUCUUCGAAUUCUUCAACAUCUGGCACAAAUAUGAAUGGGACUGAUGAUUGGUAUUUAUAUCAGCAGCAGCAGCAGAAACUUGCAGUUGCACAAGCUGUUGCACAACAACAACAAGUUAAUAAUUCACUCGCUAUUCUCAAUGCCGCUUACGGUAUGCAUGGUUUUUUAUCCCUAAAAAGCUUACCCUUUGAAAUAUCAUAACCGCAUGUUCCCUUUAUCCUACUGUUCUUCUUAGAUUUCAUCUUUUAUGUUUGAAGGUUACCCGGGAGGUCUUGCUGGAGCUAAAACAACGUCACCAGUUGCUGCCACCCUUCCACCACACACAUCGCUAACUUUGGCACCGUAUCCUGGUGCAGUUAUUGAUCCAUAUCAAGCGGCGGCUGCGGCUGCUCUUCAUCAACAACAAAAUCCAUAUGCAUGUGAGUUUUUUGGGGGGGUUGAAUAUUUAAAAAAAAAUUAAUUUGAUUUCAAAAUCUCAUUCCAUGAAACUUUCAGCCAUUUUUUUUUUUGAAAAAUCAACAAAUUUUAUUUCAAAUAAAAAGUUUCCUGGAGGUUUGGGUAUUAAAAAUAGACUGUAGCCGGAAACUUGAAAAAUUAUCACAGAAUUAAAUUUCACAAAUUUAGAACCUGAAAUAACCGGGAAACUUCGAAAAUUGUAUUUUCAACAAAAACCGAAAUUUUGAUUUUCGUUGAAAAAAUUCAACAAAAACCGAAAUUUUGUUUGAACAUUUUAUUUAAAAAAAAAUUUCAACGCUAAAUUUUCUGGAAUAAUUUUCUGAACGACUUAUGUCUGUACUAAUUUUUUCCUACCGACUUAAAAUUUCUAAUUUUUUCCAGUGCUUGCCAAUUUACAAACUGCAAACACCGUAGCCGCCGCUGCCGCCAAUUCAAUUGUUGGAAACGGUGAUGUCAAAGGACCUGAUGGAUCGAACCUAUUUAUUUAUCAUCUUCCUCAAGAUUUUGGUGAUGCUGAUUUGUUGAAUACUUUUGCACCAUUUGGAAGUGUUCUUUCAGCCAAAGUGUUUAUUGAUAAAGUGACGAAUUUAUCGAAAUGUUUUGGUAUGUUUUUUUUCAUAAAAAUAAUUUUUUUUCGAAAAUUCAAAUUUGUAGGUUUUGUUUCGUUUGAUAAUCCAACAUCUGCUGCAAACGCGAUUCAAGCAAUGAAUGGUUUUCAAAUCGGGUCGAAACGUCUAAAAGUGCAAUUGAAAGUGGAUCGAGGAAAUCCAUAUAAUCGUUAG